GUGCAUGCAAGCAGUUGCCCCUUCACACGGAUACCGAGACACACAGCAGCAUGGCGAGCCGGGAAAGAGCACAGAGUUUUCUUCACUCAUCAACAAAAACUAAAUUGUCAUGCGUAGGAUUGCUGCGGGUUUUAUUUAUUACUUUUAUACACACGGCGCAGGCGAACAAACAAGCGUUCAUACAGUCAGACACAAUCCUCAAGGUGCUACACUUUGGAGAAGGAGGUCUCUUACAGACAGAGUUUGACUGUGAUCUAAGUUUAUAUAAUCGAAAAAGGCCUGUGGGGAUGCCAGCAAUGGAAAAUAUUUACUUGAAUAAUCCCAGCUCAGAAGAAAUUAGUUUGAUAUCAAUAUCAGCAACAACAGCACAUUUUCAUCCAUCCUAUUUCCAGAAUGUGAUAAUCCCAGCAGGGGGAAACACGUCGUUUGAUCUCGUGUUUCUCGUAGGGAACAUAGAAAAUACUUUAUUUAUUAAUACGGCGAAUCAUGGAGUGUUUACAUACCAGGUGUUCGGGGUGGGUAUCCCCAACCCCUACAGACUACGGCCCUUCAUCGGGGCCAGAGUCCCUGUUAACGGCAGCUUCUCUCCACUCAUAAACAUCCACAACCCUCACAGUGAACCACUGCAGGUUGUGGAGAUGUUCUCCAGUGGAGAUCACCACCAUCUGGACCCGCCUACGGGUCAACAAGGAGGCACCAGAACAUUCUGGGAGAUCCCUCCGUUUGAGACGAAGGGUGUGAUGAGGGCUAGCUUCUCGUCGAGAGAUGCAGACAACCACACAGCCUUCAUCAGGAUCAAAACCAACGAAGACCAGUUUAUCAUUCUGCCUGUGGAGGUCACCGCAGCCCCUGGUAUAUACUCCUCCACAGAGAUGCUAGACUGCGGUACAUUACGGUCACAAGAUUGGCCGGAACAAUUGAACUCACAUCUACUGAAUUCGGGAAGGAAAGAUGUUUGGAUCGCGAGUAUACGGACGAGGUCAUCCAACGAAGCGGUUACCAUCAAUUUCAAAGCAAUCACCCUAAAACCAGGCGAGAGUAGAUAUACCAAAGUUGCAAGUAUUAGUUUUGAUGCAUCAAAAGCAGAAAGACCGGUUCAGUUUUCUGGUAAAAUAACAGUGGAGGUCAAGGAGAUAAACUCAUUUAAACUUGAAGUCCCGUACCAAGCAGAGGUGCUACAAGGCUACCUGGGCUUUGACCACACGGCCACGUUGUUCCACAUCAGAGACAGUCCAGUAGACCCCGUGAACAGAUCCAUCUUCCUUACCAACGCCUUCAACUUUGCUGUCCGCAUACACAACGUCACCCUGCCAGAUGAGGCCAAGACCAUGUUCAGCGUGCAGAACCUCAGCACCCCCGUUCUGAUCCCUCCUCGUGAGUCUCGCUACAUCUUCUCUCUCCUGUUCCGCCCUUCCAUCCACAUCCACAGCAACAUCCUCCUCAACACCAGCAUCUCCAAGUUCCACCUUCCUGUCAGGGCCUACACAGGUUACCUUGAGAUAUUAACAAUCCCAGUGAAGGCUGCGAUAGCAGUGGGGAAGCUAAACAGCUAUCCUGAACACAUCAUCCUACCUCCAUCCUUUCCUGGGAAGAUAGUUCACCAGAGUUUCACCAUCCAGAGUUCCUUCACCCAGAGAGCGAGACUCCGACACAUCCGUUCCCUGACAGAAGACAUUCGGUUCUAUUACAAAAGACUACGUAGUAACAAGAAUGGACUGGAACCUAGACGCAAGUCCAAGGUUGCUAAUAUUUAUUUUGAUGCCGGUUUGCAGUGUGUCGACCACUGUUAUGUGGGGUUGCCGUUUGUUCUGAAAUCUGAGGCUCGUCCCCACGGCCUGGUCUUACAGGAGGACAUCUGGGAUGCUGACAUUGACCUCCACCAGAAACUGCUCCGACGCUGGAGAGAGCUGAAAGAUCGCUCGGGACAUCAAGUUGAGGCGGUGUUUGAAGUCAGCACAGAUCUUCAGGAGACGGUCCAGGCAACAAUAACAGCUCAACAGACCUGGCCGUCGCUGGUUAACGCCUCUCAACAAAUCACAUUUCCCCUCACCAGUACCAAUAGCUCCUCUGAGACGGAGUUUGUUCUAGAGAACCCAGCAGAUGUCCCAGUGUAUGUCCAGAUCCUUCCUCUGGCUCUCUACCCGAACCCCUCUGUGUUUGCUGGGAAACUCGGCGACAGCUUCCCACUGGGAAUGUUGUCCGACAUCGACACAAAAUCACUGGAAUUUCAGGUCACCAGAAACCUAUCGUCUGUAAUGAAGGGAAGCUCAGGGUUUGUGGAGGGCUCGACCAGACCGUUUGUCUACAACGUGCUCCUGCAGCCUGGAGAGGUCAAGUCCUUCAGCCUGAGGUUCACUCCUUCCAGCAACCACUCUGUCUCCUCCCUGCUCAUAGUCAGGAACAACCUGACUGUGAUAGAUGUGAUCGUGGUUCGUGGCCAGGGAACCACGGGGAGCCUGCAGGUAGCUGGGAAACUCCCUGGACCAGACAGCUCCCUUCGCUUCCAAAUGACGGAGGCGUUGCUGAAGGACUGCACAGAGAAGAUCAAGUCCAAAGAGCCCAAGUCCACUCUGAGAAGAACCUUCAGGGUGGAGAACGCUGGUCUACUCCCCUUGUAUAUCCGCUCUGCAGAGAUCAACGGCCAGCCCUGCCAAGGAUACGGAUUCAAAGUUCUCAACUGUCAGCAAUUUACACUUAAACCAAACGCUUCUGAAGACCUAGUGAUACUGUUUACACCGGACUUCACGUCAUCCAGAGUGAUCCGGGAGCUGAAGCUAGUGACGGAGGGAGGGUCAGAGUUUGUGUUUGUCCUGAACGCCUCUCUACCUUUUCACAUGCUGGCCUCCUGCACAGAGACCCUCCCCAGACCCUCCUGGGAGCUGGAGCUAUACGUCAUCGUCUCCCUCGUCAUGAGCUCCAUGUUCCUGCUGGUGAUUGCUAUAGCCUACCUGGAAGCCCAGGGGAUCUGGGAGCCCUUUAAGAGACAUCUGUCUCUGGACUCUCCCAUGGAGACGGGCAGACCCUUCGAUCUCAGGGAAAUAGUACGCAUUUCAAGUGAUGCUAACUUGAAUGAUUUCAGCGACGCCCACCAGAACCCGACCAGGGGGAUGUAUGGUUCUGGUAGCGAGGUGUCCCGGGUCGGGAGCCGAAACAGCAGAGCCUCCAUGGACCUUGAUGGACAGAGAGCCAGGAUGGACUUUGAUCGAUCAACUAUGCAAGCCUCCUCCACCUUCUCUUCCUCCCAGCUAGCCAAUGGCGCCCCGGUUUCCUGUCAGCUGACCAAUCGGAAGGCGCGGAGCUCCAAGAGGCAGCAGGGUGGAGGACUCCUGGACCUCCAGAACGGGGGCCCUGGGUCAGGGUCGUCUCUGCCCCACAGAAGGUGCUGUUCUGGGGGAGAGGACCCAGACUACGCCAGCCUCCUGGGGGCCAUGGAUAACGACCUGAACAGACCUGAAUCACCACCUCUACAGGAACACAACGUUUCUCUGCCUACACAGAACAAUGUGCUAGACUCUAAAGGAAAGCAGCUGAGAGGUAAAACUAAUGCUCAGAGAAAGAGAGCGGAGAAGGAGAGGAGAGCAAAGGGAAAACCACCUCAGGGAGACCAGCUGAAGGAUGUUUUGGAAGACAAUGACGACAGCUCCUCUACCACCACAGAGACCUCCAACCCUGAUGUAGAGGCCAGCAACAAAGAGGAACCAGUGAAGAAGAAGGGCAGAACAGCAGUGACUCUGGAGAAAGAGGAAACCAAACCCCAAACCAACAAGCGACAACCCAACACAAAUGAUCAAUCUAGUUCCCUGGAGCUCCCUUACAUCACAGCCCUGGAGAACAAACAACGCAAGACCUUCACAUCCAAAGCCCUCAUCCACUCUGCUCUCUCCACCGCCCCUACAGCUAGGACUCUGCAGAAACCCAGACCUGGGUCUCUCCCCCAUCUCAACUCGUCUGAUUGUUCUGUACUUGUGCCUUGUGGGAAGCUGGAGGAUUCUUGUCCGUUUCCCAUGGUGAAGCGGUUGUCAAACGGCUCGGUCUCGGUUUCAGAGCUGGGUCACAGCAGCAGCUCCGAGGGAGAGAAGGAGUUCGCUGCUACUGAAUGGGACAACCCACUGCUCACCAGAAUCACCAACCAAGCCGACAGUCUCCAGCAGACCUCCCUCCAGACCAUGAAUGCAGACACCUUCCUGAAGAGACCCAUCUCAGCUAGGACCUACUCCCAUCCCCGCUCCUCCCCCAGCCUAGUGACCAGGGGAACAUACAGCCAAGUACUCAAUGCCAAUAGUGAGACCAACUUGAAGAAGGCACCAGGGAACAAGCUAGCUAAUGCCACCUCUCUCCCGGGCAAGAAUGGCAAUCCUACUUUUGCAGCUGUGGCUGCGGGAUACAACAGAAGCCCAGGUGGCAGUGGCCCAGGUCAAAGAGCCCAAUGGAAGACUUUAGCUCACGUGACCUCAGUGGAGAGCGACAGCUCAGACAGCUCAGGAUUAUGGUCUCCCAUAGGAUUCAACCCUGCCAACUCCUUCUCUGCAUUCGGACCCAACAACUCCUUCAAUCUGACAGGAGUCUUCCGUGGGAUGUCCUUCCCGAAGACAUCCGAGCCUCAGCAGACUUGGCCUGAGUUGAGCUCUGCGUCCUCGUCUCUCUGGGACGCCACCAGCAACCCCCUGCACUCCUGGCUCAGCAGCUCCCCCACUGUCCCCACCGCAUCUGUCCUGGGUAGCAGCAGGAACCCCUGGUCCACCACCACCCCCUUUGGCAGCUCCAUCUGGUCCACUAGUGGAGACACUGCACUACACUCCUUCACUCCCACCUCCUCCACCCUCCCAGACUUACCCAGCAGCAUCCCCACCCUGGGCCUGGCCCCUCCAACUGCCCCCACUGAGAUGAGCCAUUCCUACGACCCCUGGAGGCCCACCCUCAGCAGACAUGGCUCAGAGCCCUGGUCCAGCCACUGAGGAGUAACAGGCACUCGCUCUUAGCCUGGUCCCAAAUCUGUUUCAGCUCGUGCCAACUCCAAUGCUGUCUUUAUCAAGCCAAACAUGGCGACGUGGCAUGAAAAUGAUUGCCAAAGAGUUGGCGUAGCACCAACAGGCUGGAACUCAGGCUAACUCGCUCUCACAGAUGUGAUAAUUCUUAACUGAAUUAUCACGUAAAUCAUGCAUUCAUGUAAAUGGCAUAUUUACGUCAUGUGAGCAGACCUCAUGUACGGAUGCUGGUCUAAAUCAGAAACAUACCAUGGUAUCAGUUGUUAAACAGUACUUGAACAUACAUCAAAAAAAAAUCAUUUUAUCGACGAGUCCCGUCUAGAAAAGGUUUCAAUGUAAUUUGGUAGCCCCAGCACUUUCUAACACCAACCAAAACCCCCUGAUCAUUUAGUUCACAGCAGUUACAUGCUUUUUAUUCAGGGGGGGAUUGGUAAAUACAGUCUUGAUUCAGAUUCAUUUUUAGGGACACCUCUUAAAUGUAAACAAGAGGAAAGGAAUGUUUUUACCGACACAGGCCGCUGUAACACCUUGGACCAGAGCUAGGUAUUACUGGUCUCUUGUUCACUAGCUCUGGUCCAGGUCGCUGUAACACCCUGGACCAGAGCUAGGUAUUACUGGUCUCUUGUUCACUAGCUCUGGUCCAGGUCGCUGUAACACCCUGGACCAGAGCUAUGUAAUGCUGAUCUGUUGUUCACUAGCUCUGGUCCAGGUCGCUGUAACACCCUGGACCAGAGCUAGGUAAUGCUGGUUUGUUGUUCACUAGCUCUGGUCCAGGUCACUGUAACACCCUGGACCCGAGCUAGGUAAUGCUGGUCUGUUGUUCACUAGCUCUGGUCCAGGUUGCUGUAACACCCUGGACCAGAGCUAUGUAAUGCUGAUCUGUUGUUCACUAGCUCUGGUCCAGGUCGCUGUAACACCCUGGACCCGAGCUAGGUAAUGCUGGUCGGUUUUGUGGCUCAGUGCUGCUGUAUGGUGCAGUGUUACUCUGUUGAAAUAAGCACGUUGUGUGUAGCAGACACAUACAACGCAUUUGGAAAGUAUUCAGACCCAUUGACUUUUUCCAUAUUUUGUUUAGGUUACAGCCUUAUUCUAAAAUUGAAUAAAUAAAUGUUUUUUCCCUCAAUCUUCACACAAUACCCCAUAAUG